AUGGCGGGCCCCGCGCUGCCGCCCCGCUCCGCUCCGCUUCCGGCCGCGGGCUCCGCUCCUGGCUCCGCUUCCGCUUCCGGUCCCGGGCGGCGCGCGGGACCUCACCGCCGCUCCCGCCGCCUCACGCGGGCUCCGCCGCCGGAAACGGAAGCGCUCCCGGCGUACCCCGCGGUGGGGGGGGCGGGGCCAGAGCGGCGCCCGGACUACAACUCCCGUGGUGCCCCGCGGCGCAGGGCCGCCCGCGCGCCCCCUCCCGCCCGGCUCCGCAGCGCCCCCGUGCGGCCGCGGGGGGCCGCGCUGGAGGGCUGGCUGGGCCCCGAGCCGCUGCGCCUGCUGGCCGAGGGCCUGGCCGCCGUGCUGUGGCUCGUCUCCUCCGCCAUCUCGGCCGCCUUGGCUGUGCUCAGCGCCAUCGUGGGGGACAUCCUGAGUGCCUGCGGCCUGGGCGGGGCCUGGCUGGUGCGCGGGGCGGCGCUGGCCCCCGGCGAGGUGCAGCGGGUGCUGCUGUGGGGGCUGGCGGCGCUGGCGGGGGCCCGGCUGCUGCCGCGGCUGCUGGGGCUGGUGCUGGCCCCGCUGCGGCCGGCGCUGCGCUGGCUGAAGCUGUGCUGCUUCCUGGGAGCCUUCCUGCGCGUGGCGGCCGCCGAGGGCAGCAGCCCCACGGUGCAGGCGGCGAUGCUGCUGGGGCUCUGGGGGCUCUACGUGCUGCUGGGGGGCGGCGGGGGGCACCCCCCCAGCCCCGAGGUGCGGCUGGAAGCUGCCGUCCGCAGCCUGGAGUGGAAGGUGGAGGAACUGUGCCGGCGGCAGAGGUGGGGGGGCCCCCAGAACCGGGAGGAGGAGUGAGAGGGUGUGGGGUGGGGGUCUGGGUUGCCCCCCCCGCCCCACGUGUGUGACCCCCGGUGUGUCCCCCAGCGUGUGCGCCCCACACCCCGCUCGCCCCUUCCGCCUCCACACGUGUGCCCGGUGACGCCGUGGGGCAGGCGCCAUCCCGGCAGCCCCCGUCCCGCUGCCCCCCAAAGCUGGGGAGCCGCUCCCUGUGCCCCCCCCUCAGUGCCUUCACCGAGCCCACAGUGCUUUGUCCCCCAGGGGGCACGACAGCAGCCCCCAGCCCCAAACCCUUGCCCGCCAAAGAGCAGAGGGCAGCCUGUCCAUCCAUCCGUCUCCGGAGGUGGCUGGGGGGCGGGAAGGGGACCCCAAAGAUGGGUGUCGUCCCCCCCCGGUGGGAGGGCGGCCGUGCCCCGUGCUGCCGGCUCGGUUUGCAAGCUGCUUUUUGAAUGGUUUUGAUAUGCGGUGCCAAAUAAAUAGUUUCACGAGUGUC